AUGGCCAUUGAAGGCAGAUACAAUUACGGCUUCAUUAACACGUGCUUGAGGACUCUAGUGGUUGAGAAGUUUGGAGAAGAGACAUGGGAAGAGCUAAGGUUAUUGGCAGAGGUCCAAGACAACUUUAUGACCUAUGAAAUUUAUGAUGAUGUCAUCACUCUUCGCCUGGUGCAAGAGGCUUGCAAAAUGCUGGAUGUCUCCUCCGAGGUGGUGUUGAAGCUUUUUGGAGAAUACUUCUUCAGCUUCUGUAAAAUGUCUGGCUAUGACACAAUGCUACGCACUCUUGGUGGAAACUUAGUGGAAUUCAUUGAAAACCUUGAUGCCCUACAUAGUUACCUGGCAUUGUCUUAUCAGGAGAUGAAUGCACCCUCUUUCCGUGUGGAGCGAACAAAUGAUGGCAGGACGCUGCUCCACUACUAUUCUGACAGGAAAGGUCUCCACCAUAUAGUGCCUGGCAUAAUUGAAGCAGUGGCAAAGGAUUUCUUUGGCAGCAAAGUGACCAUGACCAUCCUGGAGCAGCCGGAGGAGGAGGAACGCACAGGGAAGAAAGAGCAUGUGAUCUUUCUCAUGACACAGACAAACGAAGGGGCCAAGGCAGAAACCCACCCAAAUGAAGAGAAUGGGGCAGAACAGAAAGACAUUGCGAGAAAGGUCAUGUCGGGUAGGUCCACCUGCCACAGUACCAUCAGAUUCAUCAUUAGGCCUGGUUUCUACCGAAUUCCGCACUCGUUCUGCCCCAGCUAUCCAAAGAGACUGUGGAUUGAGGAGAAAGCCUUCUGCAAUGCUUUCCCCUUUCAUAUCGUCUUUGACCAAGAUCUCAUAGUAAAGCAGACUGGCGUGAAUAUCCAGAAGUUUGUGCCAGGCCUGCAGAGGACAGGGAUCCGUCUGGAUGAAUACUUCAUCGUGGUCCAUCCUGAGGUCACCCUCAACAUUCACAGCAUCAAGAAGUUCAUCAACAGCCAGUUCGUGCUGAAGACUAAGAGAGAAAUGCUUCCUCAGAGCUUUCAAAAUCAGUCCAUGCUCAAACUACGAGGUCAGAUGGUGUGGAUGGAGUCUCUGUGCUGCAUGGUGUAUCUGUGCUCUCCUAAGCUGCGUAGUCUGCAGGAGUUGGAGGAGCGAGGGCUGCACCUGGCUGAUAUCGCCCAACAUGACACCACACGUGACCUCAUCCUGCUUAAUCAGCAGAGACUGGCCGAGAUCGAGCUGUCCAACCAGCUUGAGCGCAAGAAGGAGGAGCUGCGCAUCCUCUCACGCAACCUGGAGGUGGAGAAGAAGAAGACAGAGACGUUGCUGUAUGCUAUGUUGCCACGGCAUGUCGCUAACCAGUUAAAAGAGGGCAAGAAGGUUGAUGCAGGAGAGUUCAAAGUGUGCACCAUUCUCUUCAGCGAUGUGGUCACCUUCACGAACAUCUGUGCAGCCUGUGAGCCCAUUCAGAUAGUCCACAUGCUCAACUCCAUGUACUCAAAGUUCGACCGCCUCACAAAUGUCCAUGAUGUCUACAAGGUGGAGACGAUUGGCGAUGCCUAUAUGGUUGUUGGCGGUGUGCCCAUCCCCAAGGACACCCACGCUGAGCGCGUGGCAAACUUUGCCUUGGGCAUGAGGAUUGCAGCCAGGGAGGUGACCAACCCUAUCACAGGGCAGCCAAUACAGAUCAGAGUAGGUCUACAUACAGGUCCUGUGCUGGCUGGUGUAGUGGGUGAAAAAAUGCCCCGAUACUGCCUGUUUGGAGACACAGUCAACACAGCCUCUCGAAUGGAGAGUCAUGGAGUUCCUGACCAUAUACACCUGAGCCCUUUUACCUACAGGGCCCUCAAGGAUAAAAUGUUUGACAUUUGUGAACGGGGGGAGAUCCAGGUGAAAGGCAAAGGCCUGAUGACCACCUACUUCCUGCUCCAGAACCUCCAGCUGUCAGAGGAGCAGAUCAUGGGCAAAGGGAAGGAGGAGACGUGUGUGUACCAAGAUGAUCAGCAGAAGGAGGCACAAAGCCUAGAGAAUAAGAUAACAGCAGAGCAGAAGAAUGUUAGUGGGAAAGAAGAAAGGAAAUCUGUCAAAGAGCAAAGCAGGAGCUCAUCUGCCCACUUCUCUGUUGAUGACCCUUCACCUCAACCCUCUGCUGAUGUCACUCCUAAUAUCUCAGUAGUUCAGUACCACUUACCAGAUUACUCUGAACCCCUGGACAAUGGCCUUCCUGCAGAAAACAUCAACAUCAACUCCCGUCUGUGCACUCUGCUUUAG